AUGAAAUCUUUGCAAUUGCAAAGAUUUGUACAUACGUCUGCACAAACUUUACGCGGUCGAAGCUCGUUCUUCAACAUUCACCAAAAGGUUACCGAUCCGGCCAAACAAGAUCCCGAAUAUUUUGAGAAGAAAGCGCGACAGUUACCUUUGGAUGAAAAUUAUAUCGAUAAUUUGACGAAGCUCUACUACGAAAAAAUCGGAAGCGAACGUGACUUGGGUCUGAAAGCGUCGGAUAACUUAAUUGUCGAGAAUACCGAUUUUGGGCUGCCGAAAAUUGACAAAUCCAAAAUUCGCUCCAAAUAUGAAGAUCUCGAUGUGCUGAAAAACGCGCCCGAAUCGGUUCGGAAGAUUUUCAGCGUCGAAAUGGCGACGAGACGCGAGCUAUCAAACGAAUGGAAGUCGGCGCUGAUUCAAUCAGUUCGGCAGCAUUCGCUCGACGAAAGCAGUUUAGAAAUGAAAGUCGCGUGGAUGACGGCAUUGAUUCGACAUUGGUCGCUUCUCGCCAACGACAUCGCGCAAACCACGCCGAAGAAACCUACAUGGCUGACGCAUCGAAUUUGGUUGGUGAUAAAUGAGAGACGAAAAACGCUGAGAAUUCUUCGCGAGCAAAAUGAAGAGGCCUUUAAUAAAUGUAUCAAGAAUCUGAAAAUCGCGUAUCACAUUCCCAAACAGCCAAGUCACGUGAAAACCCGUAAAGCAUGGGCCGAAGCCCAACUGAAACUUCGCGUUGAGCAGGAGAAAGAAGCGCGCUUGGAAGAGCUUCACGCCAAAUACGACCAACAAAAUUUGGAGCAUAAGCGCGAAGUUGAAGAAAGGCGAAUUGCAUUGAUGAAAGAAUUGAGCCAGGUCGAGGAGAAGCUUAAGAACAUCGAGAUUCUUGAAGGGCGUCGAACGGAAAAAGUGGGAAACUACGAGCCGCCAUUGAUCUCAUCAUUAACCGAAACUGUUCUCCAUUCAAUGCUCUUCUAUCAUCCCCCACCAACAAUGGUGCAAAAUUGA